AUGCGCAGGGUUUCCUGGCUCGUGGCAUGCCUGUCCCUCAUGACCUCCACUGCUCAGGAGGUCGGCCAGUGUCCAGGUGUAAAGAUUGUGGGUCUUGGGGAGUCUGACAAAAUUGCUCUAUUCCAAGGCUGUCCAGGCCUUCCUGGACCCCCUGGUCCCAAAGGAGAAGCUGGCUCUGAUGGAAAGAGGGGGGAGAGAGGCCCGCCUGGGAUUCCUGGGAAGGCAGGACCGAUGUGUUCCAAAGGAGUUGAUGAAGGAACUGACCUAUGCAAGACAGGAAGCAGAGACUGCCAAGAGCUGUUCAGUAAAGGGAACACCCUGAGUGGCUGGUACACUGUCUUCCUCUCUCCCAGUAAGCCUCUGGCUGUGUUCUGUGACAUGGACACCGACGGCGGGGGUUGGAUUGUUUUCCAGAGAAGGAUAGAUGGCUCUGUGGAUUUCUUUCAGGACUGGGCUACAUACAAGAGAGGCUUUGGCAGUCAACUAGGGGAUUUCUGGAUGGGAAAUGAUAACCUUCAUUUACUAACAGCUCAAGAAACCUUCAUGUUACAGGUAGAUCUUAUUGACUUUGAUGGCAACCACUCCUUUGCCAAGUACAGGUCAUUCCAGAUUGCAGCAGAAGAUGAAAACUACAGGCUAAUCCUAGGAGACUUUGUGGAAGGUGAUGCAGGUGACUCACUGACAUAUCAUAACAACCAUCCCUUUUCAACUAAAGAUCGAGAUAAUGACCGUCGUGAAGGAAACUGUGCUCGUGACUAUAGGGCAGCCUGGUGGUACGGAAACUGCUAUCUCUCUAACCUGAAUGGCUUGUACCUCAGGGGUCACCAUAAGAGCUUUCCCUAUGGAAUAAACUGA